AUAGUGUAAGGUCGGUAAUUACGUAUGAUAGCCGACAUUUGAUGUCCUAACCUUCCCAUACGUGUGUAACUGUAGUAACUAAAUAAUAAUCACAGUUUUCAUUGUGUCCACCGAUCACUCAUUGAACUAUUAAAAUCGCUAAACGCGUCCUAUGUAUUCCGCAAAAAAGCUAUACAAUCGUGAUUAAAAUAUUCUUUAGAGAAAUGACGUCAAUAUUGAGAAACUGGUGGAGACUGUCACUGAGUUUACCAGCCGCUGUGCCAAAAUGUUAUGCUCUCGCUUCCCCGUUAUCGAUAAGAUGCAAUACCACAACAGCUGGUAUCGAAAAAACCGAGAAAACUGAAACACGUCCUACAGUACGGAAACCCAGUCAUGUUAAUGUUGACCAGCUAGUAAAUUUUGGCCGUUACAUACAUGAAUGUCUACCCAAAUACAUACAACAAGUACAGCUGGCUGCUGGUGAUGAACUGGAAUUAUUAAUCGCCCCUGAUGGCAUCAUCCCUACAUUUACAUUUUUAAAAGAUCAUCAUAAUACACAGUUUGUUAAUCUGUCAGAUAUUACCGCUGUAGAUGUGCCCAGUAGAUUGCACAGAUUUGAGCUUGUCUACAAUCUACUAUCAUUGCGAUACAAUUCACGUAUUAGAGUUAAAACAUAUACUGAUGAAUUAACGCCAGUUGACUCCAUCUAUAGCAUUUUCAAAGCUGCUGAUUGGUAUGAGCGAGAGAUAUGGGAUAUGUUUGGUGUAUUUUUCUCGAAUCAUCCUGAUCUUCGUAGAAUUCUUACAGAUUAUGGCUUUGAAGGGCACCCAUUAAGAAAAGAUUUUCCACUCAGCGGAUAUGUUGAGGUGCGCUAUGACGACGAAUGUAAAAGAAUAGUGAUUGAACCAUUAGAAUUGACCCAGGAAUUUCGUAAAUUUGAAUUAGCCGCCCCAUGGGAACAGUUUCCCAACUUCCGAGACGCUGCACCGGCUGCUGAAACUAUUUCAAAGGAAAAAUAAUUGUUCUCACUCAGAUCAUAGUCGUUGUUCGAGCAAGCAAGUAUACAUACAUUGAUCAAGUGUAAUAUACAUUGACAAAUAUCCUUUUUUCUUGUUAACCACCUUUGAGUGCCUAAUCCAGGCAUGUUUUAGAAAUACAAAGAAUAAAUGUUAUAAUUGUAUUUAUUUCAAAA